AUGCUGGUGCCCAUCUGGCCUGCGCCGAGGACGCCUAGUCGUUUGACUCUGUGGGCGAUAAACGUUGUGGUUGAGUUGAGAGGUGAACCCGAAAAAGAAACAUUGUGCGCUCACUACGUCCAAACUACGUCUGAAAUAAUCUCGCAUAUCAAAACACACGAUCACGAUUCACAAUGGGCCCCCAAGCCUGAUAUGCUGGCAAGACAGGCGGAGAUGGAGAAGAUGAUGGUAGAACUGGGCGGCAAGGGCAGCAAGGGAAGAAAGGGCUUCACAGAACGCCGGAUUAGCGGAGGUGGCCCAGGUGGGGGCGGCAGCAAACGUCCGAGGACGACUAGUGGCGAAGUGGCGCGCAGUUUUGAGGAGAUUGGGUUGGGGGCGGGAGGAUUAGGUGGGGCGGCAGCAAACGUCCGAGGACGACUAGUGCGCGCAGUUUUGAGGAGAUUGGGUUGGGGGCGGGAGGAUUAA